CUGUCCCCCGAAUGGCCGCGGCGGCGGACCUGGCUCCCGCGCCGCGGCCCUAGGCGGCCUCUCGCCAUGGCCAAGUGGCUGAACAAGUACUUCAGUUUGGGCAACAGCAAGACCAAGAGCCCCCCGCAGCCGCCGCGGCCUGACUACCGCGAGCAGCGGCGCCGGGGAGAGCGGCCCUCGCAGCCCCCCCAGGCCGUGCCGCAGGCCCCCGCGGCCGCCUCGGCGUCCUGCGGUCCGGCCGCCGCCUCCUGUUUCUCCGCCUCGUCGGGAUCGCUGCCCGACGACAGCGGCAGCACGAGCGACCUAAUCCGCGCCUAUCGCGCACAGAAGGAGCGCGACUUCGAGGACCCCUAUAACGGGCCCGGCUCGUCGCUGCGCAAACUGCGCGCCAUGUGCCGCCUAGACUACUGCGGCGGCGGCGGGGAGCCGGGCGGAGGCCAGCGCGCCUUCUCCGCCUCGUCCGCGUCGGGCGCCGCGGGCUGCUGCUGUGCCUCCUCGGGCGCGGGCGCCGCGGCGUCCUCGUCCUCGUCCUCCGGCUCCCCACACCUCUACCGCAGCAGCAGCGAGCGGCGCCCAACCACGCCGGCGGAGGUGCGCUACAUCUCCCCCAAGCACCGCCUCAUCAAGGUGGAGAGCGCGGCUGGCAGUGCCGGAGACCCCCCGGGGGGCGCCUGCUCGGGCGGCCGCACCUGGAGCCCGACGGCCUGCGGAAGCAAGAAAUUGCUCAACAAGUGUGCUGCCUCGGCCGCGGAGGACAGCGGGGCUGGCAAAAAGGACAAGGUGAUUAUCGCUGACGACUACUCAGAUCCCUUCGACGCCAAGAAUGAUCUCAAGAGCAAAGCAGGGAAGGGGGAGAGCGCGGGGUACAUGGAGCCUUACGAGGCCCAGAGGAUCAUGACAGAAUUUCAGAGGCAGGAAAGCGUCCGGUCCCAGCACAAAGGUCUCCAGUUGUACGACACCCCUUACGAACCUGAGGGCCAGAGCAUCGAUUCAGACCCAGAGAGUGCCGUCAGUCCCCGACUGCGGGAGAGCAAGCUGCCGCAGGACGACGACAGGCCCGCCGAUGAGUAUGACCAGCCAUGGGAGUGGAACCGGGUCACCAUCCCAGCUCUGGCAGGAUCGAGUCACAGCUCUUUAGAAACGGGCUCUCUGAAUGGGUCCUCGCCUGCCUACCUGACGUCCCUGUUCGCCCCUGCCCACGGUCAGCCAUCCAGGGCUCUGCAAGCCCAGUUUAACGGCAACGAGAAGCGACAGUCAUCUCCCUCACCUUCCCGGGACCGGCGGCGCCAGCUUCGAGCUCCUGGAGGGGGCUUCAAGCCCAUCAAACACGGGAGCCCCGAGUUCUGUGGGAUCCUGGGAGAAAGAGUGGAUCCUGCUGUCCCCCUGGAGAAGCAAAUAUGGUAUCACGGAGCCAUCACCAGAGGAGAUGCCGAGAACCUGCUGCGACUCUGCAAGGAGUGUAGCUACCUUGUCCGGAAUAGCCAGACCAGCAAGCACGACUACUCCCUGUCCCUGAAGAGCAACCAGGGCUUUAUGCACAUGAAACUGGCCAAAACCAAAGAGAAAUACAUUCUGGGUCAGAACAGCCCCCCGUUCGACAGUGUCCCAGAAGUCAUCCACUACUACACCACCAGAAAGCUGCCCAUCAAAGGGGCCGAGCACUUAUCGCUCCUGUACCCUGUGGCUGUGCGGACCCUGUGAGUGACCAGCCUGCCCGGCUCUGGGCCGAGGCCCAGACUUGCAGGAGCCGGAACCCCGCCCCCGAGCCCGGCCGUUGUGGCCAGCUGUCCACUUCGUCUCGUGUGUAUGGUACUAGCACACCACUGCAUGUCUCUAGAAUGCUGUUGCCACCACGGGGGCUGGAGAAGGCCUGGAUAAAGACAGAGGGACGGCCACCGUGCCACGCCAGUCCCCACCCCCACCCCCUCCUUGAGUUUCUGUGAAUUAAAAUAUUUGCAAAUCCAAAGAGAUGCCUUCCAGGAUGAACAAAGGAGAGCAGCUCCAGUGGGCGGGCCAGGAACUCUCUGGGUUGCAGCUCUUUGUUCUCCAGCUGUCACGAAUUCACACCUGUGUAUGGGGCUCAGUUUUCCCACCAGGGUUCUACUGGUGCUGGGAGCCAAGUGCUGGUGCUGGGAGAGCCCAGAAGGCCCCCCGCGAGUCCUGCCUCCCCUCUGGUGCGCAUGUGUGCCUCUGAGUGUGUGAGUGUGAGCGCAUACAUGAGACAACAUUGUCACACACAGAUGUGAGUAAGCCCCCUAAUCCACUUUUAGUCACUCAGUGUAAUCAUUAGAUCUUCAAGGAAUCAUUAUGAAGUCAAAAAGAAGAUUCAAUUAUUUAUGAAUAGGUAUGUAAAUAAAAGUCAUUUAAUAUAUAUUUUUAUCCCCCCCUUUUCUUUAUGUACCACAGAGGGUAUCUGAGGUGGGCAGUGCUUACCUGCUGGUGUGUCUCCUCUGGGCAUGUGUCAUCUGACAAGCCCUGGGGCGGGGGUAAUGCAGAGCCCCCAGCUCAGGGCUGAGGCAGUUGGUGGGGUUUCCUUUGUCCCAAGAGUCAACCUUCCAGAAGGUUCAGCAAGACCUUGCUACAGGUUCCAGCAAUGAGAGCCUCAAAUGUUGACCCAGCAACCAAACUCUCUUCUGCCUGUAGCAGCCCAGUAGUGGCACGUCUGUGUUAACCCCUCGGGUACACAGCACCCAGUAGUCUACAAAGGGCUCUCCUAAUUAUCUGUUCAGUGCCACCCGGUAAGGCAUUUAACAUGUGGGGAAAGGGUGGCUCAGAGAGGAAAAGUAACUUACCCAGGGUCACACAGCUCAUAAGCAAAGGAGGCUCUGAGUCCAGAGUGGCAGGCUUCAUGGCCAGUGCUCUGGCUCUAUGUGACCUGGCUGUCACCCUGCUCCUGGGGGAAGGCAAAUCCUGACCCCUCAGGACACAUGGAGCCAUACUGGUUAUCCAUACUGCUUCCACUCAGACACACACACACACGCUCUACCUCUGUCUUGCCCCUUCUGUGGCAGGAGCAAGGAUUCUUCCCACACAUUCAGGACAGACCCUCAGAAGGCUAUGAGGUUGUGUUAUUCAGUUCUCCUUCCUUUCCUACCCACCCACUACCACACUGGUUAAAUGUGGAUGGAAGAAAUAGAAGAAUCCCACCUAGCUGCACAAAAGGUAUGGCUUCCAGCUACGGAAGGAGAUAACAAGGGAUCCAGCUCCAAUACGAGUUUCAAGUUUCGCGCCUUCACCAAGAACAUGUCAUCCUGCCUGCCCAGCUGGUCGGAAUGGAAUGGAAGUCUGGGGACUGCUGUCCCCAGUACAAGGGGCUGCGUUUGAACAUUACCAGCAGGUCUAGACAUUUAGCACUCCAGGGCUUCAGAGAUGCGUCAGGCUCACUGUUCGGAUGCGGAGACAGGCCCAGCAAAGCACACGGACUUGCCUGUCCAGCUAAGAAGGCAGAGCACGACUAGAAGCCCUGUUCCUUUAAGUGGCCGCCGUGGAUUUCAAUAGGUUGUGGCCAAAGCUGUCUCCUUGGCAACCAGUCUUUCUGCCCAGUCCACCUCUUGGGUCAUUGUCCCAGGUCCUUGUCCAUCAGUCCCGGUGGCCCCCAGCCCCUCCCACCUGUGGCUCACAGACCAAUCCACCUGGCCAUUACUAGGUUGGCUGGGGCCUGUGUGGAGUCUCCAGACUCAGUCUUGAUCUUCGCCUGUUUUGCAUUCUCUGAAACAUCCUUUGAGGCAGGAGAGUGCCUGGAGUGAUGCACACGUUCCUUUUUGGGGUUUUUUUGUGAAUGAGAAAAUGAGUGAGGAGUUGGCAUUUUCACCAAACAAGUGCCAAAGGAGGCUGGAUCCCAAGGAUCCAGGUAAAGGUUGAGAACGUUGGAGGCAGCCCCUGGAGCCAGGGCUGGGUGAAGCUUCCUAUUAGCUCCUGUUCCACCAGCCCGAUUUCUGUAGGGCACUUCUAAGGCUGCAGAGUACAGGAGCCUGUGACCCCUCUCAGGAGACAAUCUUCCAGAGCAGAUUUCUCCUCAGAAAAGGCUCUGUACCUGUGGUCUGAGGAAAAGUGAGGCUGCUUUGCCCUCCGGCCUUGCCUCUGCUCUUUUAAGGGAUUCCUGGGCCCUUCCUCCUUCCUCAAGUGUCCCUGGGAGACCCAACCUCCAGCUUCCCUCAGGGACUGAGGCCUACAGAGGAGCCAGCUUACAGGAUGGGAGCUGCUAAAAGGAAUUUUUUUCCUUAAUUUUUAUGAACCUCUCCCUCUUCUUCCUCUAAUUGUGGCUGUUUCCUCUGUCGGCGUGUAUUCAUGUUUUCUUGGACAUCUAACAAUUGAAACAGCUUUUCCCUUUCAAAAACACUCAUAUUUAGGUUACUGGCUUUGGUUUGGUUUUUGUUUUGGCUUUUUUUUUCAUCUGCUACCAAUUAAUGGGGGGGGGGAAGUCGAGCUGGAUUUCUUUGAGGGAAAAAAAGCUCCCUGCCACACAUAUCUCGCCCUCAGCUUUUGUUUCAAAACACAACCACCUCUAGCCACAAACGGGCCUCAUUGCUCAGAGCCCCAGGACUUUCCCCCCACCCUUUUCUUUCCCAUCUUUGCUGGCUUCAUUAUUGACCAUAAUGACCGACCACUUCAACAGCUCUGUCCUUGAGCACUGAGGAGUCGGGAGCCUUUUUGGCAGCUCCCCCACAAACAAGAUGGCAUCCACAAAAAGAAAGGAGGCUUUGUGGAGAGAGACGACCCACCUGCCUUUCAGUGCGAGAGUCCCACUCAGAAUAAUCACAAAUGGUAACAUCCUCUCCUGGAGGGAGGCUCACAGAGCAGCCUUUCACAGGAAAGUGGUGAAAAGGCUCUUCUUCAGGAAGGCUGCGCCAAUCGGAGCUGAGCUGUUCGACACCUCCCAGGGCAUCUCUGGGCUGGUGCCCCUCGGUGGCCAGACUGGGAGUGAAUGGCGUUUCACGAACAGGUGGAGUGGUUGGCAGACUCGGCUUCCAUUGCAGUCACAAGACCCAGGGAUUCUCAUUGUAAGAUUUUGAACACCAAGCUCCAGCUGGUGCUCCAACUCUCAGAAGUGGUUGAUGUCACUUGACCAAGGAAGGGCGUAGCAGGGACAGACGGCCAGGCUCACCAUUUGCUCUCACACCCUAGGGACAGUGCGUGCAGAAACGAGGCAGACGGCGUAGGCUGGCAUUUGGAAUUGGCCCACAGAGGGUCCUGGCUCUACCCAGUACACAGCCUCAUCUGUCUCUUCACCCGGCCAGAAUUGGUUACCGGCAACGACUAGAGGGAGCCAGCACGUAGGAGCAUCUUCCAGAAUCCCCAGAGACCCACUUAGGCAUCCUCUGGCACGGAUGGCAGCCCUCAGCCUCCCCAUGCCCUCUCCUCGGGGCUGUUGCGUCACUGCCAGGAGCCUUGUGCCAGCCACCUCCUGCUAAAAAAGUGUCCUGGAAAGCUCUGAUUCUGUAUCAUAAACUGAAUAAUGAUGUAUAUUGGAAGCUUUGAAUAUACAAGUGUCUUGUUUAAAU